CAGCCCCAUUUGGACAUGAAGCCAUUCCUGCAGUUCCCCAUGGAGACACCCCCCCCUCACAGUGUCGGGCUCUUCCACAACUUCAACACGAUGGACCCCGUUCAGAAGGCAGUAAUCAACCACACCUUCGGAGUUCCGUUGGUCAAGACCAAGAGGCCCAUCAUCUCCUGUAACGUCUGCCAGAUCCGGUUUAACUCAGAGAGUCAAGCAGAGGCCCAUUACAAAGGGAACCGCCAUGCCAGGAGAGUCAAAGGCAUCGAAACCUCCAAGAGUCGUCCCCAGGAGAGCGACAAACCUCCUCCCGGGCCCACCUCAUCUCCCUCGCCCCCUGGACCUCCGACGGUCACCCCGGACAGUGACCCCAGCAAAGCUGGCACCAAACACAAAACCAUCCUGGAGGCACGGAGUGGACUGGGGCCCAUUAAGGCGUACCCACGCUUGGGGCCCAAGCCCAGCGGAGAGCAGGGAAGUGGGGCAACAGACCCCAACACUCAGGAACGCACCUUCCACUGUGAGAUCUGCAACGUGCGGGUCAACUCAGAACUGCAGCUCAAACAGCACAUAUCAAGUCGAAGGCACCGGGAUGGAGUGGCCGGGAAACCGAACCCCCUGCUCAGUCGGCAUAAGAAGCACAGGGGAGCAGACCUCACGGCAAGUCUCUCUCUCUCCUCUCUGAUUCCCAAAGCACUGGGUGCCGGCCUCCUGCCCAAUCCCCUGGCUGUUGCCGCGGCGAUGGCGGCUGCUGCUUCCUCCAAUCCACUCGCUCUCCGCGCAGCAGCACCUGCACCCCAUCCGCAUCAUCAUCUCCUGCAGGGCCCACCUCUCAGCCAUGCCAUCUUAAGACCUGCCCCAGGUCCCAUCCGCACCUCGCAUGGCCCAAUCCUCUUCUCUCCUUACUGA